AUGUUAAAUAGAUUAUUUGUGAGAAACAUUGGCUUUAGAGUAACGACACUUACUGCUGCUAGCAGUCAUAGUAAUAAGACCUUUCAACCAACAUACUCUUAUUCUACCUCUUCAUCACCACAACAACAAUCUACAACUACCACCAACUAUGCAUCUCAUCAACAACCAUCAUCACAACAAAGUGCAAACAAACAACAACAAGCAUUACUCAACGAAAGAUUCUAUGAUGAGGAAAAGUUUAAAGAUAUCUCAAAGGAACCAUUUGCAAGAGAGAUUACUGAUGUGUUGCUUGGUGAACUUGACAACAAUGACAUUGAGAUCAAACCAGAUGGUAUCAUCUAUCUGCCAGAGAUCAAGUAUCGCAGAAUAUUGAAUCAGGCAUUUGGACCAGGUGGAUGGGCAUUAAAGCCCUUUGGUGGUCCCGUCGUGAUCAGUGGUAGCUUGAUUCGUCCAUACGCUCUGUUUUGCUUGGGUCGUUAUGUGAGCGAGAGUUUUGGAGAACAGCCAUAUGUCGAGGGAGGACAUUUGUCGUUUGCAACGGCCAAUGAAGCUGCCAAGUCCAAUGCCUUGGUACGUUGUUGCAAGGAUCUCGGUAUAGGUAGUUCAUUGUGGGACCCAACAUUUAUUAGAAAUUGGAAGGCUGCCAACGCUGCUGAAAAGUUCUACGUCAAUGUAAAGAGUGGAGAAAAGAGAAAGUUCUGGUCUCUCAAGAAUGGUAAUUCUCCAAUCAAUUAUCCUUGGAAGGAAUCCUCCUCUUCAUCAUACAAUGAUGGUCAACAACAACAACAAACACAACCAAUUCAACAACCACAAUUUGAUUCAUCUGUAUCAUUUGAUGAAGUUAUUCCAUCAAUUUCACAACCAAAGCAACCACAACAAUCAUUCCAAUCGUCAUCGUCAUCAGUAGAUCAUUCCGAAGAAUUAGAUAUUGAUUCACCAGUUCCACCACAACUCAAGAAAUAUGCCGGAAAGACAUGGAGAGAAGUGAUCCAAGAUCCAAAAGGAAUCGAUUACAUCAAGUGGGUUGCCAAUACACUCACAGGAAAGGUCAAACUUCAAACGCAAGCCAUUAUCAAUUUCUUAAAUGAACAACAAAAUCAACAACAAUAA